UUGNUUGACUAGUUAGUCAUAUAACCCCAGACGUUAUUAGCCAACCAGCCCCGAACGAUCAUUUUGUCUUUAAUGCUCUAUCUUAACUUUAAAUUAAUUAUAUAUAAAAAAAUUACUGCUUCAAUAGUUUGUUUAAUAAACAAACUUUAAGAUAUUCUUUUAACAUUUAUCCUAUCGUAACUAUAUACAGCAUGAGAACAUAAAAUCUUCAAGAAAACAUAUUUACUUACGCAGCUAAUUUUUCGAUAAACGCUGAUAAUUCUGAAGUAACGUGCGAUCACGGCGUAGAAAACAAAUGAAUAGCAUAGUAGACGUGACUUGUUUCUACAGAAAAUUUUUCCGCGACAAAGCACAUAUAGGUGCAAUGUUAUUAACAAUUAGUCUACCUACCCCUAUAGGCAACUAGCCCCGGUCUCCCCUACUUUAAUACUGACUGAUAAGUUGUUGCAGUGCGCUUGCAUUCACUGAUAUGUAUUUGCUAUAUUAUCCUACGCGGAAAUAUUUCUCAUACGGGUUAGUUGUAGCCUCGCGUUCACAGUGCGUCGUCUUAUCGUCUACCGCAAUAGAGCCGUAAACAAAGUGUAUUUCUGACGGCCAAGGCUUGACGUCGUGCAGCGGCUAGCAAAACUUUGUUGAUCUAACCUAACAUCUCGAUCAACAAAGAACUUCAUAAUGCCGCCCACCAAAGGUGAAAUUUGGAACCAGUUUUUUACCAUAAACGAUGCUGCAGGCAAAGUUCAGCAUGUCAAGUGCAAAUGCUGUGGGAAGUAUACAUCACCGCACGCUAAUAGGAUGAAAAUCCACAUAACAAAACAGUGUCAGAAGUGUCCGGAAGAGAUUAAGGUUUUUUUUCAAAAAGAACAAGAAGAUGAAACCGACCACAAUCCAGAUAAUCCUACAGCACCUCAACUUCCCGUCACACUCCAGCAACCAGGUCCACCACUGAAAAAACAGAGGUCUAUUGUACAAUCCAUGGAUAUAAUAACAAAAGAUGAGAAGAUAAAGCUGGAUGGAUUGUUUGCAAAAGCCUUACUAUCCAAAGGGCUUCCUUUCAAUACAUUUGAAGGCCUACAUAUGGAGGCAGCUUUCCACGCACUUCAACCUGCGUACAAAAUGCCAUCUGCAAAAACUUUUGGUGGAAGCCUUCUUAACAACGAGCAUGAUAAUGUAAUGAAGGACACUAAAAACUACAUUGAAAAAGCUAAAGCUAUUACAAUUUGUUCAGAUGGGUAUACUAAUAUAAGGUUUAAUGGUACAAUGAAUUUUACUGUAUGUACUCCCAAACCAUUUUUUCUUAAAGCUGUUAAAGUUGAGCCUGGUCUUGAGAAAAAAGAUCAAAAGUUUGGGAAUCACUAUAUAAAUGUGAUAAAUAAAGUUGGGCCCAGCAAUGUAUUGCUUCUUUGUAAUGACAAUACCCCUGUAAUGAGGGCUGAGUUAGGGAAGUUUGUGCGUUCGAAAUUUCCUCAUAUUUAUACUAUUGGUUGUGGCUCUCAUAGCCUAAAUUUAUUAUUCAAAGACAUAAUAAGAAUUGAAGUUUUUAAAAGAGUCAUUGCUGCUGCUAAAACUAUUGUGAAAAUAAGGAAGCAAAGACAGUUAUAUGCAAUUUUUAAAUCCAAGCAAAAGUUGCAUUAUGGAAACAAAGCCACUAGUCUUAUUCAACCCUCCUCAACACGGCUUAGUGAGGCAUUUUUUCUGUUACAAUCCCUCCAAAAGAACAAAGUGGCUUUGGAGGAAACAGUUUUGACUGAUGUUGUGGCAGUUCCAGCUGAAAUUAGAAACACAGUGUUGGACAAUGAGAAAUCUGGUUUUUGGGCAGUUGUCUCUUUUUUGAUUGAUUAUAUUCAACCAAUAGUUGAAGGCACACAUUUUAUUGAGGCUGAUAAUGCUAGACUAUCCUUCAUGGUGGCUAUUUGCAUGAAUAUUAAGAGUAAGGUGGGAAAUGUUAAGACAGAAGACUCACCUGUGCCUAUUGCUGACUACCUCAAAAUUAAAAAGGCUGUAAAAUAUAGAAUUAAGAAAUUUUGUAUUGAAGAUAUUCAUUUGGCAUGUUAUUUUAUAGACCCUCAGUUUGCGGAGAAUAAAUUAUCUGAUAGGCAGUUCUGUCUUGCUCUAAAAGUUAUCUGUGACAUAGCUAAGUACCUGAACCUAAAUACAGAGAAGGUUACUGAAAAUAUGCUAAAUUUUAAAACCAAGGCUAAAUUUUACUCUGAUGAAAUAAUUUGGAAAUCAGUAAAUACCUCGAAUCCAAUUAUCUGGUGGGAUGCUUUUUGUGCAAACCAGCCGCUUCAUCCAGUUGCAGUUCGUUUGUUGAGUCUAGUGCCUUCUGCUACAAGUUGUGAGCGCAUUUGGUCUGAAUAUGACCAUGUUCACUCAAAGAAAAGAAAUCGUUUAAAAAACAAGAAAGUUGAAAAGCUAGUUGUCGUAAAACAUAACUUGAACUUAGUUUGUGGGACUGCUUCUGGAGACAAAAAAAAAGCUGAACUAAGUGCAAAACGCACAGCAAAGUAUCCGAAGUACAAAUGUAUUUUACUUGAUGAUAGUGAUGACGAAAGUGAUGAAGUUGAUCUCAGUGAGGGUGAGAGUGACCCUUUGUGGACAAGUGAUGAGGAACUUGAAACCUCAUCAGAUGAGAACUGUGAAGAUGAGAAAUAAUUGAAAUAAUUGAUUGAGAAUGUGCUGAUCUCGUACUAUAGCUGUUUAUGAAUAAUUUAUACAUACUUUUUCUUUUGUUUUGUUUCUAUGUUUAUUUUAUCAUAAAGCAUUCUGUUGUUCUCUUUCCAAUGUAGAAAAAGAUUGUUUUGUUCAACAGUUUAAGAUUUGUUUAAAUGCUUGCUAAGGCAUUUUGAAAUGUAUCUUGAUAUAUUUUAUUUUUUUAUCUCUAGUCUAAAAUAAAUAUCAA